AUGAGUUCACCAGAGGAGUAUAACUUAGAAGACAGAUCUAAGGAAAAAAAUAUCACUAUCAUACGAGAUGAUUUUUCAGGCCAAGAUAUCGUUAGUGAAUCUUUGGAAUCAUUUGACAAUCAAAUUGAUUCAUCAAACUAUGCAUCACAUCGAUCAGCCUGGGGAAACUUUUUAGACUCUUUUAAAAGAGUUGAAGUUGAAGAAGUGGAUCCAAAUCUAACAGACCUAGAAAAAAUUGCAAUCAAGACUGCUCGUUCACCUUUACAGCAUAAAUUGAAGAGUAGACACCUUCAAAUGAUUGCUAUCGGAGGUGCUAUUGGUACAGGUUUAUUUGUUGGGAGUGGUAGAGCUUUAAGAACUGCAGGCCCAGCAGGUAUAUUAAUCGGCUGGAGUAUCACUGGUACCAUGAUUUUUACAAUGGUAAUGGCAUUAGGUGAACUGGCUGUCAUGUUUCCUGUUUCAGGUGGAUUCACAACAUACGCAACAAGAUUCAUAGAUGAAUCAUUUGGUUUUGCAUGCAAUUUCAAUUAUAUGUUACAAUGGUUAGUUGUCCUACCGUUAGAAAUCGUUGCAGCCUCUAUUACCGUCGCAUAUUGGGAGACACCUGUCAGAUACACUGAUGGGUUUGUUGCUCUUUUUUGGUUAGUAGUCGUCAUUAUCAACAUGUUUGGUGUCAGAGGUUAUGGUGAGGCAGAAUUUGUAUUUUCAAUUAUUAAGGUUACAGCAGUAAUUGGCUUUAUUAUAUUAGGUAUUGUAUUAGUAUGUGGCGGGGGCCCAGUUGGUGGAUAUGUUGGUGCCAGAUACUGGCACAAUCCUGGUGCAUUUGUUGGUAGCACUUCAGGUCAGAAGUUCCACGGUUUUUGCUCCGUCUUUGUUACUGCUGCAUUUUCAUUUGCUGGUAGUGAAUUGAUUGGUUUGGCAGGUUCAGAGGCAAAAAAUCCCAGAAAAGCUGUUCCAAGCGCUGCUAAGCAAGUUUUUUGGAGAAUUCUAUUAUUCUACAUCAUAUGUUUACUAUUAAUUGGUUUCUUAGUCCCAUACAAUGAUCCACGUUUAAUAAGUUCAUCUAGUGUCGAUGCAUCGGCCUCUCCAUUUGUCAUCGCAAUCGUUACUCAUGGUAUCAGCGGUUUACCAUCUGUCAUCAAUGUAGUUAUCUUAAUUUCAGUUUUAUCGGUUGGUAAUUCUGCCAUUUACAGUUGUUCUAGAACAUUAGUUGCUUUAUCUGAACAAGGGUUUUUACCAAAAAUCGUAUCCUAUAUUGAUCGUAAAGGUAGGCCCCUUGUUGGUAUUGCCAUUUCUUCAACAUUUGGUUUAAUUGCCUUCGUUGCUGCAUCCAAUAAACAAAAUGAGAUGUUCAAUUGGCUACUUGCUAUCUCAGGGCUGUCUUCCUUCUUCACUUGGUCUGCUAUUUGUAUCUGUCAUAUUCGUUUUAGAGGUGCUCUAAAGGCUCAAGGCAGAGGAACUGAUGAGCUUCCAUUUGUAUCACCGGCUGGUGUAAUUGGCUCUUACUGGGGAUUGUUCCUAAAUAUUUUAAUGUUGAUAGCCCAAUUUUAUAUAGCUUUAUUCCCAAUAGGAGGUAGUCCAAGUGCUUAUGAAUUCUUUUCAGCUUAUUUAGCAGCACCUGUCAUCUUAGCAUUCUAUAUUGCCCAUAAACUUUGGAAAAAGAAUUGGAAGUUUUUAAUACCUUUAGAAGAUGUUGAUAUCGACACAGGUAGAAGAGACACUGAUGUCAAUUUAUUAAAGCAGGAAAUUGCGGAAGAGAAGGCUGCAUUGGCGAUGAGGCCUUGGUGGUACCGUGUAUACGUCUUCUGGUGUGCAUGA